CCAAUAAUUUAUGAACCCAUUGUUUCAAUCAAUCUUUCUACGAUCACACCUUCACACACUACACACCAUAUUACCUUGAUCAAACAAAACUAUCUUAAUAAUUAAUAACACACUUAAUUAUAAAGUAACGUUUGUCCGCGAGUGUCGUUGCCUCUCUUUUAAAGUUUUUCCUAUGAGGAUUAUGUUUAACGAAUUUCCAAUUUAGUGGUAGAGCAAAAGUUGUUUCAGUUUAAUAUGUAUACCACUUUAGCAUCACUCUGUAAAAGGUAACUACAUUAUGUCCCCGUGGUGCCAUAUUUCACCCAAAGAGAUCUAAUUCGUUACAAACAGACAAUCAUUUUAUUCUUUAUAAUAUUAGUGUAUUAAUUACCUAGAAUGUUGCGAUUACGGAAACGUACCUUCAUUCACGUUACUUUUACAAUUGUUUGAGUUUUCCUCCUUGUUGCCCGGGAAUAACUCAAGACUACCUGAUCACAGUCAAUAAAAUCAGUAUUAUCUUUUAUCUGGUGUGAAUAACACUGAACAAAAUCAAGAAAAUAUUUUAUCAGAAACGUUAUGCGUAGAUGGCUGGUGACACAGGUGGCUCACAUUGUUUAAUUUUUAGUGCGACAAAAUAAAGGUGAUACGUAAUGGAUUCAAAAUCCAUAACCGAUAAAGAGUUGGUGCCCAUUAAACAUGGAAUAAUUUCGUCGGAGCAUCAACAGUUAACACAAAGCCAGCAGUACAAGGCGGGAUGGUCGUGCUACCUGGUGCUCGCCGGCGUGGUGACCACGCUGGGACUGUCGCUGCCCGUAGGUUACAACAUUGGAGUCGUCAACACGCCAGCUGAGGUAAUAAAGAAGUUCUGCAACGAGACCGUAAGCACCCGCUACGACGCGGCUCUGAGCGAGGCAUGGCUCAACGUGCUGUGGGCUUCCGUGGUGUCGGCCUUCAUUGUGGGCGGCUGCACGGGCUCGGUGAUGGGCGCCGUCAUGGCGAAUAAACUUGGCAGGAAGUACGCGUCAGUGGCGACGGCGGUGCUGUUCGUGGCGGGGUCGUUGAACUUCGUGCUGUGCCGCGCCGCCAACUCAGUGGAGAUGCUGCUGCUGGGGCGACUGCUCGUUGGACUGGCUUCAGGUCUAACAACGAGUAUAGUCCCGAUGUACCUCACGGAGCUAGCCCCGCUACACCUCACGGGCGCGAUGGGCGUGGCCUGCCCCAUGGGGGUCAAUGUCGGCGUGCUGGUGGGACAGGUCAUGGGCUUAGACUUCUUGUUGGGUGGUGUUGACGACUGGCCUUACCUCUUGGCCGUGUAUGCGGUUCUAGUCAUUAUAUGUCUACCUCUGUUAGUUAUAUUACCAGAAAGUCCAAAGUACUUAUACGUAGUUAAGAGAAACGAAGCAGUUGCAUCUAAAGAGCUAUCCCGCCUGCGCGGCGUCUCAGCCAGCGUAUUAACAGCCGAGCUCGAACUCCUUGGUACCGAGAGCGCGGGCGAGGGGGGCGGCGAGGGGGGCGAGGGGUACAGCAUGGUGGGAGUGCUAAGAGACCCGCGCCUGCGCCUGCCGCUGAUACUGUGCUGCGCCAUGCAGGCCGGCCAGCAGACCAGCGGGAUUAAUGCCGUAUUCUACUACUCGCAAACGAUCUUCCUCCAAGCCGGUCUCACGGACACGCAGGCACAGUACGCGACCAUCGGCUGCGGGUUCAUCAACGUGUGCACGGCCGUGCUCAUGCUACGGUUACUGCCGCAGUUCGGCAGAAGACCGCUGUUGCUGGGCUCUGUGCUGUCUUCCACGGUGUUGUUGGCUUUGUUGGCCGCUAGUAUUAAGUUUUUGGAUGCGGUGUCGUGGAUGCCGUUUGUGUGCAUGGUGGCCGUGCUGUCCUAUGUCUUAGUCUACGGGUUUGGGCUUGGACCUAUACCUUACUUCAUUGCUUCAGAGCUGUUCGAAGUGGGUCCCCGGCCGGCGGGCAUGGCGUGGGGCUCUCUCGCCAACUGGGGCGGCAACCUGCUGGUGGGCAUGUGCUUCCCCUCGAUGCGCGCGCUGCUGGGGCCCUACUCCUUCCUCGUGUUCAGUGCUGUUACUGCUGCGCUGUUUGUGCUGCUCAAACUAUAUUUCCCGGAGACCCAAGGCAAAACUCCUGCGCAAGUGGCCCAGAUAUUCAGCCGCAGGAAACUAACGCCAUCUAGUGACCCGCUGCGGAAUAACGCGUAGCGAUGCUCCUGAAACUCUCCUCUACUGGCAAAACAAGGUUUUUAACUGGUAACACAGCUCCGACCGUCCAUUUAAAAGCGUAUUUUACCUUUCACAGAUUUGCCUUAGUAGGGUUAUAUUGACAUUAUGUAAUCGCAUGAUUUGUAUGAACAGAGCC